UUUACUCCCUCCCCCCACCACUCCUAAAUCCUCUAUAAAUUUCUUUCCCCCUUUUGUCCUCCUCCCAUCGCCGCCACCGUCGCCGCCUCCACCGCCGUCGCUGCCACCUUCGUUGACAAAUGUCGAUCAUUUCCCUCGUAACUGGAUGGCCCGGGCCUAGCGGGUUUGGGUCAGCUUCCACGGCGGAGGAGGUGAGUGAAGGGAUCGACGCUGCGAAUCUCACCGCCAUUGUGACCGGAGGAGCGAGUGGGAUCGGGCUGGAAACGGUGAGGGUUUUGGCGAUGAGAAAAGUGCACGUGAUCAUCGGAGCCAGGAAUUUGGAGGCUGCAAACAAAGCUAAACAGCAAUUACUGGAACAAAAUCCGGCCGCCAAAUUGGACGUUCUUAAGCUUGACCUUUCUUCCAUCAAGUCCACCACGGAAUUUGCUCAUAAUUUCCUUGCGCUUAAUCUCCCUCUCAAUAUUUUAAUAAAUAACGCUGGGGUUAUGUUUUGCCCGUUUCAACUCUCUGAAGAUGGGAUAGAGUUGCAGUUUGCCACCAACCACCUCGGUCAUUUUCUGCUGACAAACCUACUUCUUGAGAAAAUGAAGAGCACUGCCAAAAGCACAGGAAUCGAGGGUAGAAUUGUCAAUUUGUCAUCUAUUGCUCAUGUCCACACUUAUGGGGAUGGAAUUCGCUUCAAUAAAAUCAAUGAUAAGAAUGGGUAUUCUGAUAAAAGAGCGUACGGGCAAUCAAAACUAGCGAACAUUUUACAUGUCAAGGAGCUUACUCGUCGAUUUCAAGAAGAGGGUGUGAACAUAACAGCCAACGCGGUGCAUCCAGGGUUGAUAAUGACGCCUCUUAUGAGGCAUUCCAUGCUUCUCAUGAGGCUUUUGCAGGCUUUCUCCUUCUUUAUCUGGAAGAAUGUUCCUCAGGGGGCGGCGACAACAUGCUAUGUGGCACUCCACCCGAGCUUGAAGGGAGUGAGCGGGAAGUACUUUUUGGACUGCAACGAGAAGCGAGCGAGCUCAUACGCUAGAGACGAAACACUUGCAAAGAGACUGUGGGACUUCAGCAAGAACUUAAUAAAUUCAUCCUACAAAGUAUGAAACGAAGUCAUGAGGAAGCUGAAGUUUAUAAAGAAUUAAGAGAGAUUAAAUAAUUUGGUUGUUAGGAAAAUAUAUAUAAAUAUUAUAUUUUAGUCCAUAGUUUUUGUUUUUAAGGAAGGUGGUGUUGUGGGCCUUGGAAGGCCGUAGUAUUGGUGUUGUCAUUCCAUUCAUAUUGUUUGAUAGUGAUAUUCAAUCCAUUAACUAAGUUACCUUUAUCUUCUA